UUUAUACACCCAAGCAGCGGAGACCGGUCAGCACUUGGAAUAAACAUUGUCGCGGUAUUACUGCCCUCUGUCCGUCUUUAUUAUUAGCGCUUCGCUCCGCCCUCCUACCUGUAAAUCUCCCUGCUCUCCUCUGGAGCGGAUCUGACAGGCGCUCUCAGCUGGCCGCUCAGUCCCAGGGCUGCAGGGGACCGAAUGGAGACAGUGACAUCCACCCGAGCGCUCGUCCUUUUACGCAGAAUUGACAGCGAAAACGCCCGCAAGAAUAUGUAGUCUUAGGCACUGCAUUGACGGCUAACCAACUGUAGAAGUAAAUUAUCUCUCAGUGUUUUUUGUUUUGUUUUGUUGCAAACCGUUCACAGUCGAUUGACUGAAAGAAAGUAAAAUCGAUUCCCCGCCAGCUAAUCGACAGGAUCCCUGAAUGGAAGACGGCUAGAGAGGUCGCCUCGCCGAGAACAGGCUAUAACAUUUUUCAGAAUCGCUGUGUUUACCACUAUCCGAGAUAUCACUGGCAGCCUCGACGGCUGCAAACGACGCCGUCUUUACCAUGGCUUUUGGCGUGAAAGAGACAGAAAAGCCCUCAGAUUGAGAAGCGCCUAAGAUUCGUCAUUAUUGCGGAUUUAAAUGCCUCUCUCCAAGGGCCACCGACCCGCUAUUUUGGUCAGGUUCGCGUGUGCGGUGUCUCACGCUGUCACCAAUAAACAAUUCAUAGGCUGCUAAAAUACAGAAAGAGACUCCAUCGGGUGGGUAAACAUAAUCUACAGUGAAGAGAGGGAUUUUUUUUUCAAGCAAUAUGGCUGGUGAGUGGGGCUGGGGACGCUGGCACAGGCUCUCCAAGGCUCCUAAAUGCUAGCUGAGGCAGAUGGCACCGUUCCCCAUGGAAGCGACAGCUCUAUGAGGACAAGCAAUAUCAAUAAUAAUAUAAAUCCGGACUCUUCAAUCUUAAUAUCCAAGAUGGAAGACGUUGUCAUCCCGUUCUCGUCUGAGGUGCCCUGCGACAAUAAUGGACAGCGCAUGUGGUGGGCAUUCCUCGCCUCCUCCAUGGUGACGUUUUUUGGGGGUCUCUUCAUCAUCCUGCUGUGGAGGACCCUCAAAUAUAUGUGGACUGUUUGCUGCCAUUGCAACAUCAAAACCAAGGAGGCUCAGAAGGUGAACAACCCUGCCAACAAUCAGGCAGCAGACAGACCAAAGGGUGCUGAUGAGAAGGAGGAAGUCCCAGCCAGCGAGGUGGGAUGGAUGACUUCAGUCAAAGACUGGGCCGGUGUCAUGAUCUCUGCUCAGACACUCACUGGCAGAGUUCUGGUGGUGUUAGUCUUUGCGCUCAGCAUCGGGGCCCUUGGAAUAUACUUUAUAGACUCCUCAGAUCCUAUAGAAUCCUGCCAGAACUUCUACAAAGACUUCACGUUACAGAUCGAUAUGGCCUUCAAUGUCUUCUUCCUUCUUUACUUUGGCCUGCGGUUUAUAGCAGCCAAUGAUAAGCUGUGGUUCUGGCUGGAGGUCAACUCAGUGGUCGACUUCUUCACUGUUCCUCCUGUGUUUGUCUCUGUCUACUUAAACAGAAGCUGGCUUGGUUUAAGAUUCCUGAGAGCACUAAGAUUGAUACAGUUCUCGGAAAUCUUACAGUUCUUGAAUAUCUUGAAAACAAGCAAUUCCAUCAAGCUGGUGAACCUGUGUUCCAUCUUCAUAAGCACAUGGCUCACAGCUGCUGGGUUCAUACAUUUGGUGGAAAACUCAGGGGAUCCUUGGGAAAACUUCCAGAAUUCCCAGUCACUUUCCUAUUGGGAAUGCGUCUACUUGCUGAUGGUGACGAUGUCUACAGUGGGCUACGGGGAUGUCUAUGCAAAAACCACCUUGGGGCGCCUGUUUAUGGUCUUCUUCAUCCUUGGUGGUUUGGCCAUGUUUGCCAGCUACGUCCCUGAAAUCAUAGAGUUAAUAGGAAACCGCAAGAAAUAUGGUGGUUCCUAUAGUGCGGUUAAUGGGAGAAAGCAUAUUGUGGUCUGUGGUCAUAUUACCCUCGAAAGUGUCUCCAACUUCCUCAAAGACUUCCUACACAAGGACAGGGAUGAUGUCAAUGUAGAAAUUGUUUUUCUCCAUAAUAUUUCCCCUAAUCUUGAGCUGGAAGCCUUGUUCAAACGUCACUUUACCCAAGUAGAGUUCUACCAGGGAUCUGUUCUCAACCCUCACGAUCUGGCCAGAGUGAAGAUCGAGUCAGCAGAUGCCUGCUUAAUCCUAGCCAACAAAUAUUGUGCAGAUCCAGAUGCUGAAGAUGCCUCGAACAUCAUGAGGGUUAUUUCGAUCAAGAACUACCAUCCUAAGAUCAGAAUAAUCACACAGAUGUUACAAUAUCACAACAAGGCCCAUCUGCUGAACAUUCCAAGCUGGAACUGGAAGGAGGGUGACGAUGCUAUCUGCUUGGCGGAGCUGAAGGCAGGCUUCAUAGCCCAGAGCUGUCUGGCCCAGGGCCUGUCCACCAUGCUAGCCAACCUCUUCUCCAUGAGAUCCUUCAUUGAGAUUGAGGAAGACACAUGGCAGAAGUAUUACCUAGAAGGAGUGGCUAAUGAGAUGUACACAGAGUACUUGUCCAGUGCCUUUGUGGGCCUCUCCUUCCCCACUGUCUGUGAGCUGUGUUAUGUGAAGCUGAAGCUGUUGCUUAUUGCCAUCGAAUACAAGUCUGAGCAGAGAGAGAGCAGAAGCCGAAAGCGCAUCCUCAUCAACCCGGGCAACCAUGUCAAGAUGCAGGAGGGAACACUGGGAUUCUUUAUUGCCAGUGAUGCCAAAGAAGUAAAGAGAGCAUUUUUCUACUGCAAAGCUUGUCAUGACGACAUCACAGACCCUAAGCGGAUCAAGAAGUGUGGCUGCAAACGACUGAUUUAUUCCAAGAUGUCCGUCUACAAACGAAUGAAACUGGCAUGUUGUUUUGAUUGCGGCCAUUCAGAGCAAGACUGCUCUUGCAUGUCAGGCAGUGUACAUAGUAACAUGGACACCCUUCAGAGGGCCUACCCACUUUCCUCUGUCUCUGUUCAUGAUUGCGCAACCACUUUACGUGCCUCCAAAUAUAAGUAUAAUGGAUAUGUCAGAUCACCAGCAGAUGGCGCUACAACACCAGGGAACAGUGGAAGUCAAAAAGAGGCUGGCGUUCGAUUCAAAGCUGAUUGCAAUUUAGUAAUGGAUGAAGUUAGACCUUUUCGAAACCGAUCAGUUAAAACCACCGGCUGCAUCUCCACCUCCAUCACCUCAAAUGCGUUCCCUCCCAACAACCUGCACCCCAACCAGGACCCCGUGGUCAACCCGGGCACAAUCAACAUCCCCCUCGUUAAUAACCGUAAAGGAAGUCUGCUCCCCAUGGGGCUGGGGCCUGGGCCUGACCCCUCGAAACUGCGCCUCAGUAUCUCAGGUCCAGGAGACGUGAUGGGCAGAUCCCUGGCUGAGAGUCGGCUGAACCGGGCCCGCAGUCUGCCGGUGAAAUACCGCUACCACCCCAGUAAUGCCAUGCUGCUCAGUCACAGUAGGCACUUCGAAGACGAGCAUCCAUCAACUCUCUCGCCCAAAAAAAAGCAGCGCAACGGAGGGAUGCGAAACUCACCCAACUGCUCACCCAAAAUGAUGAGUCGACACGAUCCCCUUCUAAUUCCUGGAAAUGAGCAAAUCGAGAGCAUGGACAUGAACGUGAAGAGGUAUGACUCGACAGGGAUGUUUCACUGGUGCCCAUCAAAGGACAUCGAAAAAGUCAUCCUGACCCGGAGUGAAGCCUCCAUGACAGUACUGAGCGGCCAUGUGGUGGUCUGUAUAUUUGGGGAUGUCACGUCCGCUUUAGUGGGGCUGCGAAACUUGGUGAUGCCUUUAAGAGCCAGCAACUUCCAUUUCCACGAGCUAAAGCCUAUUGUUUUUGUGGGCUCGCUGGAUUACCUGCGGAGAGAGUGGGAGACUUUACACAACUUCCCCAAGGUCUCGAUCUUACCUGGUACACCAUUAAGUCGGGCAGAUUUAAGGGCUGUCAACAUCAACCUCUGCGACAUGUGCGUAAUACUGUCAGCCAAUCAGAACAAUAUCGAAGAUGCCUCACUGCAGGAUAAGGAAUGCAUCUUGGCAUCACUCAACAUCAAAUCUAUGCAGUUUGAUGACAGCAUCGGGGUCUUACAGGCUAAUUCCCAAGGUUUCACGCCUCCUGGAAUGGACAGGUCAUCUCCAGACAGCAGUCCAGUACAUGGCUUUGUGCGUCAGGCUUCUGUCACCACCGGAUCCAACAUCCCCAUCAUCACAGAACUGGUGAACGACUCAAACGUUCAGUUCCUGGACCAAGAUGAUGAUGACGACCCAGACACAGAGCUGUACCUCACUCAGCCCUUCGCCUGCGGCACCGCCUUCGCUGUCAGUGUACUCGACUCCCUGAUGAGCGCGACAUAUUUCAAUGAUAACAUCCUCACGCUUAUUCGGACGCUGGUCACAGGGGGAGCCACACCAGAGCUGGAGGGCCUGUUGGCUGAGGAGAAUGCUCUCAGAGGAGGCUACAGCACACCACAGACACUGGCCAACAGAGACAGGUGUCGCGUCGCCCAGCUAGCCCUCUACGAUGGCCCAUUUGCCGACUUGGGGGAUGGCGGCUGCUACGGGGAUUUAUUCUGUAAAGCAUUGAAGACGUACAACAUGCUGUGUUUUGGAAUCUACAGAUUAAGAGACGCUCAUCUCAAUGCACCGAGCCAGUGUACAAAACGGUAUGUGAUCACGAACCCACCAUAUGAGUUUGAGCUCGUGCCCACAGACCUGAUCUUCUGCCUCAUGCAGUUUGACCACAACGCAGGCCAGUCCCGGACAAGCUUGUCCCACUCUUCCCACUCCUCCCAUUCCUCCAGCAAAAAGAGCUCCUCCGUCCACUCCAUCCCACCCUCCAACCGGCAGAACCGCAGCAGUAAGACCCGGGAGGCCCGCGACAAACAGAAUGCAACAAGGAUGAAUAGAAUGGGCCAAGAAAAGAAAUGGUUUACAGAUGAAUCAGAAAAUGCCUACCCACGGAACAUUCAGAUCAAGCCCAUGAGCACUCACAUGGCCAACCAAGUCAACCAAUACAAAUCCACUAGUAGUCUGAUUCCACCAAUCAGAGAAGUUGAAGAUGAAUGCUGAACACAGGGUUUUCUUGCUGACUCACCAGACAUCUGUACGCUCUUUCAAAAGAGAUGGGAAGAGAUCAUCUGCGGAGAAGUGGUGGUGAUGAUGAUGAUGAUGAUGACAGGGAUGUUGAAGACUGACACAUUUCUCUUCACUCAUUCUUCUAAUAAGGGUUGAACAGGAACCCAAACUGGAAGGGACCUUCUAUGUGUAUACCUUUAAUGUUACUUCCAUGCUCUUGGACAUUGUUUUAUUUAUUAAUGUAUCCAUAGUGAUGUACAUAAUGACAAUCAAAUAAGGAUUGUACAGCCCCUUCCCCCUAGCACUUUUUGGAAUUAUUUUAAGAGUUGACAAAAAAAAAAGAGUACUUCCUGUAAUUCUUUGCAAUAGUUCACCUCUUCGUGUGACCAGACUCCAAGGUUAAGGUGACUGGUUAUCGGAGGAUGAGGGUUGCAGCGAUAAACUGAUCAUAUCAUCUCCCAAAGAUCCGCCCAGAUGCGUCACGUCAAACCAGCUGGGUUCAUGAACUUCAUAUCUUCUGUCUGCUUCUGUUCUAUUUGCACUAAAACUGAAGUUGAACUGGAACCAUCAGAUCCUCCCCAAUAAAAUGUCGCUGAGGAAAUGAAGGAAGGAAAGAAGGAAGGGAGUGAGGGCUGCUUGGCUUCGGAGGCAUACUAAUCUUGUUCUUAGGUUGUUAUACAUCAUGUCAUUGCUUAAAGUUUGCUACUUCACCGUUGACUCGUCAUGUUGAGUGAGAGCAUUCCAGUCUUGCAGAAAAAAACUCAUCUUGCAAAACAGUAGUCUAAAAACUCAGAGAAUGGUACAGCAUUGUUUUUUGGUGGCUGAAAGAGAACCUUGUACCUACAUGUCUUCUGCUGAUACGUCAGAUCAUCAAGCCUGUGACUCUGUUUCAAGCUCCUAUCGCAUGAUAUGUGCCUGAUCCCCCUCUAUAACAGAUACAGUGUGGUUGAUCAACCUGAAUACAUGAGAAGGAUGAAAAACAACCCACCCUGUCCUUCAUGCGUUCAGGAGCAUUUAUGUUAUGUACAAGCUGUGUGUUUGUGUGUGUGCAUCGCAGCCACUUGUCCUUCUGGUGUUGCGCUGAUCAGUGCUGUCAUCUCCUCCAUCGGCUUGUAUGUGAUGGUGCACCUUUGAAGGAACAGCAUGUGGUAUAUAAAUAAAAGUCAUGGUAGAAAAAAAACAGUAGAAGAGUCUAGAGGGUUUGGAUCUACUAACAAAUAUAUUAUGUUGCAUCAGAAACCAAAUUAAAAUCCCCAACUAUGAUUGAGCUAAUACGAACAGCAGCUGCGUGCCCACCGUUGAAGCUUUGCCGCGAUAUCUGCGGUAGAAUUGGGAUCACAAAGAAGAGUGGUGUAUUUUCUGAAUGUUUUGUCUGUUACAAGAAGUUAAUGUCUGAGGAAAGAAAUGCCACAUAUUGCAUAAAAGUGGGCAUCAAUGGGCCCUCCUUUGAUCAGAGCAACUGCCUGGCACAGGUUUGGCAUAGAGGCAGUAAAGCGCUUGGAUGUUCUCUGUUGCCAAUCCAGAUGUCACACGCCUCAAAACUCUCAGGAGUUUAGCUGCUGUGUUCGGUCCUCUAACAUGGGGAAAUGCUCAAACAUAUUGGGUGGAAAUGCAACAAUGCCACAGACUGCCAUUAAGGACACCGGAGAAGAACCUGUGUUUUUUAUGCUAGCCUGUGUGCAACAUGUGUAUUUUGCACAUGUUUAGGCACUGACUAGAUCCAAAUCCAGCUGUGAUAGCGAUGGAGGAUUGAGGUAGUAGCCUUGUACUCCUAAUACAUAAACUUCAUGCAAAUAUGUAGUUGGAUUUAUACAUUAAAACACAAUUAUUUUUUAUCCAUAAACUUAAUCAAUUUGUACUUAUUUUUCUAGACAAGAACCAAGUGAAAAGUAUUAGAGGAGAUAAAAAGACUCAAAUAAUAUCUUUAAUUACAAAAACAUAUCAAAGGAUUUUGUGUUUGACUAUAUCACCAUUUAGUUCACAUCGUACUAAAACAAAAGAUUAUUUUUUUAUCCCCCUGCCCUCUCUUUAACAAACUGCAUCACUCUGGAGCCAAUAAAGCUUAGACUAGCUUGCAUUGUGAAACCACCAUCUUCAGCCUGGCAGCUCAGCUCUGUUGAGUGCUUGUAGAAAUAAAUUAAGGCUCAUCUGAAGCCUCUUUUAGUUGCACAGAUGAGCCGUCUCUACUAAAUAAUGUGUCUACUACUAAGCAUCCCUAGCUGCGAACAUGCAGAUGGAAAGACAGGUGUAAAGGAAUUAUGUAUUGGGGGAUAAAUGUUGUAUUUCGAUGGAGAGCAGAGCAGAGUGGUAAUAAUAAUGAGACGAUCACAGUCUCUCCCUGUGUGUGCAAGCCAACUGAAUGACCUUCAUUAGAUGUGUUUGACCUAAAUUAGGUCCCUAGUGCGGAGGAAGAGAGUGUACACUACAGCACGGUGUGCUGGUGUUUUCCACAAAAUGUGAUUUCAAAUAUGACAGGAAGACGCUGUCUGUUUAUUGCAGUGAUUCUCCUCUAUAGGCUGUAAAGGAAAAGUAAUUCUAAAAACAAUUUUGGAAUAUAGAAAAUCUAAUAUAGUGCUAAUAUGUUUGUGUAAAUUCAACCCAUUAUAUAGACCACAUUUCUUUUUCAAACUAAAUUAUCUGAGUUUUAAUGUCCGUCUAUUGGGUGUGGUGCAACUAUACUGAAGCCUCAUAAACAUUGUCCUGAAGUGAACUUUUGAACUGUGAUUACAUCGUUGUCACACUUUGUAGCAAAUAGAUUUCUUUUCAGAAAAUAUGUGAGUAAAAUGUAUGUAUAAUUGGGUUGUUAAUGGCAUACUUGCUAGCCUGAACAAUAAGGAACUAUUAAUAUUUGAUAAUGGCAAUGACUCAUUAUACAUAGAAUCGACAAACUGAUUGUUAUGUUGAAAAAAUAACACAAGUGUGUAUCUUGAAAAUGAAAGAUCCUGGAUUCUUGCGGAAGCUUUUCAAGCAGGAAAAUUCAGGCAGAAUUUGAUCUGGUUGGAUCAGCCAUCGCAAAGCUGGAAGGUAGCACCAAUUCAGCAAAGGUUAUCAAAAGAGAGAACAUCCUUAAUUUAAAUUUUUGUCUUUGUGUUAUUACAGGGUUUACAUUCCAUUUUGUCAGCUUGUCAUCUGUCACAAUCUGCCACAACUGCUUCUUAUUUGUUUACAGAGUAUUUUUGAGGUACUUAAACAUAGCAUUGUUCAGAAAUAAAACGGUACAUGCUGCAAACUGGCAUUAACAUAAACUCACAAAGUAAUGCACCAUUUGUUUGUCAUUACACUUGAUUACUGUGCUUUUUCUACCUGAACCCUCAUUGUGCGACUCAUUCAGGCUGGCAUUAUUCACAACACUGGACUGAGAUUUCUCUCCUUCCUACACCUUGUCAUAUGUCACUAUUAGAUGUUUUAGGUCUUUGCAUUUUAUACCUCUAAAGUUUUUAGAGUGUUUUUUUGAAGUGCCAUGAAGAGUUUAGUUGAGCAAGCAUCCUUCAGUCAUUCAGGGACACAAGCUCGCUUUGAGGGAGCUGAGUCCCAAGUGUUUUCCACUGUGAGAACGGUGUCUUGUACUGACAUGGAGAACAUCCAAGCCAUCAAUGCCUCCAUGCCAGUAUAGUGCCAGGCAGUGCAGGCGGUCAAGAGGAGGGCCCAUAUUAAGUCCCACUAUAGCGACAAGUGGCAUUCAGGAAACCUGCUGGGGCAAAAAAAUAGGAGCCCCGUUGUAGUGUAGUUAGAUAUGGAUGACUGAAAGAUGCACAUAGAGGCCCAUGCCUGUAACAUCUGAUGUGUUGUUAUCCACUGAACAAAUCAAAGACUAUGAUGCGUCAUACGUUACUGUUACAGUAUGUUGCAUUAUUUUUGUUAAUCUAUUUUCUGCUGUAAAGGAUGGAUAUAAUAACUUAUUUGCUGGGAAUUGUACUAGAUAUAAUAGAACAUAUAAUACUUAUGGGGAUGGGAGGUGGGUCUCAAGUCUUAAUAAUACUUUAAAAUUGCAUUCAGCAAUUUUUUUUAAAGAAAAGUUGCAAUUUUUGUUAUUUUUUUGGCUGUCUAUCAGUUCAGGAAGAAUUCAGGACAUUGCUCUUGCGUAUCACAGAUUUGUUGGCACAUCGUCUUUGCAGCAAACAGGAGUUUGACAUAGCAGUCUAAUUAGUUUGGAUGUAUUCUAGAUAUGAUGGAUACAUGGAUUAUUUGAUGGUGCUGAGUUGAUCUACCUGACUCUGUCAAAUAUAAUCUGCUGAUAAAUAUACUGUCUUGUACAAAACGUUUGUACAUAGAUUGUACAUGGUUUCUUUUUGUAUUUUUCUCAAAUUAAAAUGGAUGUAUUUGUGUUCUAAAGCA